AUGGUGUUCCCCAAGCCAACCUCUUACGGGGUCUCACCCCUGUCCCCACAGCAACCCUCAAGUAGCCCCUGCUUCACCUGUGAGAAGGACAGCAUGGCCAAGGAAAGGAAGUGCUGGGUCAACCUGUGUCACAUUGCCGAGAGGGGCCAUUUAUUGUCUGUCAUCUUCACUUCCUUUGUGGACUUGCAGUUCUGCUGGUUCAUUUUUAUUUUCAUGAUGUGCUACACCACCACCUGGUUCUGGUUUGCUGGUCUCUACAUCCUGAAUGUGUUUCUUUGUGGGGACCUGGAGCCUCCUUCUAAUAGCAGCCAGGACCAGACCCUGGGGCAGCAGCCCUGCUACCUGGGAGUAGAUGACUUAAUCUCAGCCCUGCUCUUCUCUGUGGAGACACAGCGCACCAUCGGCUACAGCUCGCUCGCCGUCAUCCCGGCCUGCCGCGAGGGCGUGUUGCUGGUCAUGAUGCAGUGCAUCGUGGGCUCCAUGAUCAACACUCUCAUGGUGGGCUGCAUGUUCGUCAAGCUCUCCCUUCCAAGAAGAGGGCAGAUACACUGCUCUUCAGCUGCACUUGCGUCAUCGCCAACCGUGACGACCAGCUUUGUCUGAUGUUCCGACUGAGGGACCUGAGUGAGAGCCACAUUCUCCAGCCCCUUCUGGGAACUGGGCCCUGAACAGCUGAGGAAGCAUGAGUUUGAGAUCAUCGCCCUCCUGGAGGGGAUCAUGGAGGCCACUUGUGGGUCAAACACUCUCUAUCAGUUUUCCGUUAUGUAAGGAGGGAGGGAGGAUGGAGUUACCCAUGGACAGUGUGGUUAAGAGCCAAGUGUUCAUGUUUACAUGUUCUAUUCUGGAUGGGGGACUCCCACAACCAGGGCUGUAGCACUGACUCAGAGCUAGAAUAACACAUUGUGUAGAGUAGGGACAUAAAUGUUUAGUCUAAAAUCAGAGCCAGAUUUGGAUAUACAGUUUAGAGUAAAACUACGUGUUGUAAUUUUGGCCGAGAAUCAGAUAAAUAUUUAGAAAAGCGAAGGAUGAUGAGUAGCUGUUUUGUUUUAUGUUGAGUGAAUACAUUGGUUACACAGGACUGUAGAAGGGCUGUGCCAUGUAAUUACUGUUGCACAAGAUCACAGUUAUCUAAACCAUGUUAAUUACAAUCAUGUGUUGUAGUUUUCUAGCACACUGACAGAUAGGCAUUAACCUCUAAAAGUCUAAAAAUAUGGAAUUGUUUUUGAUUUAGAAUUUUGGACCCCUUUCGGUGUGAAAAAAAUAUAUAUAAGAAAUGUAUUUGAUAAAAUAUUGCAUUUUUCCUUUACUACUAUAUCCCAUAGAAACACAUUGAAUAACACAAUCAUA